AUGCACUGCCCACAGCCUCUGCUGGCCGUGUUGUCGCUCUGCCUGUUCUCUUCAAAUGUCGUCCGCGCCGACGACACCACUACUGUUCCGAUCUACCUGCCGCACUACGAUGCUAAGAGCUGGUCGCAGCUGCGGGGCAGUGUAAUCUCAAGUGUACGAUGGCCUCUGGAGCUGCCCAGGCCCUCCUUCCUCGGUGCUGUCGCUGUGAUCUGA